GGCUGUUGCUGAUGCUGUUGCCCGGCGCCUGUAUCCGUGCAGCCAGACGGGGGUAACCGUAGUCACCGGUCCAUCAGCAGCAGCAGAGAGAAAGGGACAGAGGGGGACUGAGUAGGAUCUUCAGUAUCACUGGAGAGUUACAUACACAGCGAGAAGAUGACUCUGGCAGCCUACAAAGAGAAGGUCAAAGAGCUCCCCCUGGUGUCUCUGUUCUGUGCCUGCCUCAACCCGCAGACUGCAGACAAACCUACAUACAAGGCAGAAGAUGCGGUGGACCUGGGCUGGCGCGUCAUCAAAGACGUGGAGGUGAUUGAGCUGAACAAGAGGACUUCUGGCCAGGCCUUCGAGGUCAUCCUCAAGCCCCCAUCCUUUGACGGAGUGCCAGAGCUCAACACCUCCAUGCCACAGCGCCGAGACCCGUCUCUGGAGGAGAUCCAGAAGAAACUGGAGGCUGCCGAGGAGAGGCGAAAGUGCCAGGAGGCUGAGCUGCUGAAGCACCUGGCGGAGAAGAGAGAGCACGAGCGCGGGGUGAUCCAGAAGGCCUUCGAGGAGAACAACAACUUCAUCAAGAACGUCAAGGAGAAGCUUGAGCAGAAGAUGGAGGCCAACAAGGAGAACAGGGAGGCCCUGCUGGCCGCCAUGCUGGAGAGGCUGCAGGAGAAGGACAAACACGCAGAGGAAGUGAGGAAGAACAAGGAGAUGAAGGAGGAAGCCUGCCGAUAGAUGAGUGGAGAAGACGAUGAAAGGAAAAAGAGCGGGAGUUUUACGAGUUGGUAAAAAAAAUAAGGGAAUCAAAACAGUGCAGGAAAGAAAGAAACCCAAAAUCCACUCGAACAAAGGGGAUAGCUUUUUCAUAUUUGAUGUAUGGUCUAACGAUUCUGAACAAGCUGUACAAAGUUUAGCCGAUGCUUGAUGUUGAAAUCCGAAAAUAAAAUCUCUUUUUGCUAAAUGAUAGUGGGUAGGGGGGUUGGGUUGCAUCAAAAACAAAUCACAUUUUAAAAGAGGGGCGACAAUGGUUGUUUGGUGAAGAAUAAAAGCUGCAUCAAGAGAGGAGGAGGUAACAAUUUGAAUGAUACCUUUCAUUUCUGCAGGAAAGGACAACUGCCUGCAUGUUUUAGCAUCGUUAGCCGAGCUGUUUCGCCGGAUGAUGCUUUGAUGAUGCUGACAAUUUUGCAGAAACACGGCCAACACCAUUGAUGUUCAAUCAGACUAUUACUAUGGAAAAGGGAGUUGUAAUCUAAAUUGUUACCAAGUAAAACAUGAUGUGCUAUAAAGAAAUGGACACACAGAUGUAGUUCAGUCACAACCAGUGAGAAAAAACGUACCCGUCAGUACACACAACCCUAACCCUUCUGCUGUUUCUGAAAUAAAAAUAAAAAUGGAUUUUGCUUGGUCUGCCAUGCUAAUUCUUCACUACACAAUGUUUGGGAUUGCUGUCUGGGGACGUCUCAGACCUCAGUAAAUCUCACGACUUGGUUUAUGAUUAUGAAAUGAGGAAUCAGGCUUUCGUUUCUUUCCGCAGCGCGAAGGGGGAAUAAAAGGAAUUAAAAAAACUUGGAAACAGAGGGAGCCCUGCUGUAUUUUCAGGCUCUUUGUGAAACUCUAACGGUAGUGUAGUUGUAGAUCAGUGACUUGCAUUUGACUGUUAGAUUUAGAGCACUGAUUGCACUCUUAAUUUCAUUAAGCACAACUCAAAAGCACACGUGAAGGACAGCAGGAAUAUGCAGUAUAAACAACAAUGUCAUCGCAAAGAGUAAUGAGUCACAGCAGUUCAGAAUUUGGACAAAUUAGAUUUUGAAAAGAUGAAUUUGGGGGGGGGGGGGGGGUUCUGGCUUACAGCGUUCUCCCUAUGCUUUGGCAUGUGUCAAUGUGCUCUGAUUGUCAGUUCAUGAUUUCCAAAGGUAAAGUAAACCGAAACAGAAAGAUGAAACUUGCUCGAGUUGUUGAGUCAUACUGACUUGAUUGAAAUGUCUAAAAUGUUUGCACUGUAGCUGGGGAGUGGUAACAUGGGGUUUGUACUUGCUGUAACUGUGUGUCGCUGUAUAUCUUCGAGGCUGGAUUGAUUGUAUUUAUUUGGCAUGGUCAGUAAAAACGGCUUGACUGAACUCACA